GCUUCUGUUUCGCUUUUUAGUUAAGAGGAUAUAAAGUGCCCAUAGCCCCUCUACAAAUUUGAUAUUUUCAGGGUCAAUUGCUCUUGCUUCUCUUGGCCACAAGAGGGAAGGCCUUAACAGCACAAUGCCUUUGCUGUUUUCGGAAAUCAAUGCAGUAGCUACAAAUUUCUCCACAGGCUUUAAACUGCAUGCACAUCUUUACUGUUUUGCUGUGACAUUAUAUACCAUACAUUUCGUAAAUCUAAACAUGACCUUUCCUCGUUUCCAGUAAAACUCACAACAAACAUAUUUGUCAUUCACUGCCAUCCAAAAAUCAAUAUUUGUAGUUAAAUUCAGGUUAUGGGGAAGACCUUUACUCACUUUGACAUCAAGCCAAGGUACAUACACACGUAAAACAUCACACGUGUAAUCCCUUACAUUUCACGCUGACCAAGAAGAGCACCACUGUAAUAUACUAUCUGAAGUUUGACUCAUUUGCAUACUACAAGUCUAGCACUUUAGUGUGAUACACUGAAUAGUGAGUGACAGUAAUGAGCAAGAUACAAGGAGCACUAUGGAUUAUUACUAUGACUGGAAUAUGCUUAGGCAUUCAGAAUACUGUUACAGCAGUUCAUCUGAAGACUAUGGAGCACUUUGUGUCUGCUGUUCAGCACUUAGAAGAUUUAAACCCAAGACUGACUCCACUGGCUUUAUUGUCAGGUUUACGCAAGACUAUAGGCCAACGUGACAACAUCACCUCCAGUUUCCUAGGAUCAUCUGACAAUAGCACCGACAUUCACUACACAGAUUCCAACAACAGUUUCAUCACAGCAAAGUUGAAUGUGAACAGAAAGUUCUUUAGGUUUUUCAGCAAAGCCAACGAUCAUUUCAUAACAGAAAGUCAUGAAGAAAAGGGAGUCGUUCUGACUCCUGAUGGCACAACUGUUGCCCUUGCCCCCCUCCUUCUUGGUAUUGAAAAUGGCCUAAAAGCUAAAGAGGACGAUGUUCGACACCACAACCACUACCUUCUCCCACUGGCCAAGAAUUUAGCCCUAUCAUUUCUUCAGUUUCAAAAUUCAACAACGGCUAAGUUGCUUGGCCCAGAUGGUUGUUGGGACAGCAUAUCUACCCCCAUGGUUUUCACUCUUUCAGGACAGCCAUCUUUGGCCACUGAUGCUGUGGUCCAUGGAGGAAUGGAUGGUGCUAUACUUGGGAAUCACCUUUCUGUUGUAAAAUUAAGUCAACUGCUUAAAAGCUAUUACUUAGACGACGUAGAAGAGUUUGAUCACACUUCCCACAGUCACCUGAGGGGGCGCUAUCGCAGACAAAAUUUUCACAACAUUACAAAUCCAUCAUUGCUUCGAAAAAAAGUAUCGGAUGCCUUGCAAACUUAUAGAUGGCAAGGGAAUAUCGCAUCAGAAAGUCUUUUAGAAGAGGGAAUGAGAGAAUUUGUCCUGCGUUAUAUGGACUGUCCUACCAUCAUUCCAAGAUGUAUAUGGGGAGCAGCACCACCCCACGUUCCUCUUGAUUCCCUGUCUCCACCCCUGCCUUUCCUUUAUAUUCACCACACAGAGAUUCCUAGGAAACCCUGUGUAAACCUCCAGAUGUGUUCCAAAAAUAUGAGGGCAAUGCAACAGUUUCACCAGAAAGAUCGAAAGUGGCAUGACAUCGGCUACAGUUUUGUGGUCGGGUCUGAUGGCUACAUCUACGAAGGUCGAGGUUGGAUGUCACAAGGAGCUCACACCAGAGGACGUAAUCAGGUCGGGUACGGCGUCGCUUUUAUCGGGAACUACACCAGUGAUUUACCCUCCCGUUACACCUUGGAGUUGGUGCGGCACCAUUUGAUCAAAUGUGGGGUGAAGAAUGGAUUUCUACAGGAGAAUUUUACUAUGCUGGGACACAGACAAGUAGUAAACACAUCUUGCCCGGGGGACUUCCUGUACUCUGAGAUUAAAGCAUGGGAACACUACAAAGAUAUGGAUCCUUUUAAGUACCAAUGAGGACAUCUUCAUGCCACCCUGUGAAUAAUUGUCGAAAUAAUGUCUAAUAAUAUAAUUUAAAGCACUAAAACACCAAAAUUUUGUUUAUUGACCCGUUAAACUAAUGAUAGUGUUGCAAAAUGUGAGUAAACAUUACGUGUGCAGAAAUAAAAAGUGUGCAUGUG